CCAAGAUGGCAGCCAAGCGCGGUGUGAGGUGCCCGCGGCUGUUAAUGUGGAGGUUGUGGCAGGCCGGUGGAGCGCCACAAAACCUGGGAUUCGGCUUGCGCCUGGAAGUGAGGUCUUAUUCCCCGGGCGACGGCCCCUACUCUCGCACGGCGCUCUAUGAGCUGCUCGGCGUCCCCUCCACAGCCACACAGGCGCAAAUCAAGGCGGCCUACUACCGGCAGUGCCUCCUCUACCAUCCGGACCGCAACUCGGGGAGCGCCGAGGCUGCCGAGCGCUUCACGCGCAUCUCCCAGGCCUACGUGGUGCUGGGCAGCGCCACCCUGCGCCGCAAGUAUGACCGCGGCCUGCUCAGCGACGAGGACCUGCGCGGACCCGGCGUCCGGCCCUCCAGGACGCCCGCCGCCGACCCCGGCCCGCCCCGCGCCCCGCCGCCCGCCUCGCGGGCCCACGGCCGUGGUCAGGCCGCGCCGGACGCCAGCCGCACCAUGUUCGACUUUGACGCCUUCUACCAGGCGCACUACGGAGAGCAGCUGGAGCGCGAGCGGCGCCAGAGGGCCCGGCGAGAGGCCCUCCGCAGGCAGCAGGAGGAGCGGGCCAAGAAGGGCUUCCGCUGGGACGACACCCGGGACACGGCUUUCGUCUUCCUCCUCCUUGCCAUCUUCAUCCUCGUGGGCUUUCGGUUUUAACCGGAGAGAGGAGGGCAGGGAGCAGCCGGUCAGCCCCACGAAGAUGACCUUUCCCGUCUUCUCGAACCCUUUGCCAUUUAUAGUCUACCUCUGCUGGGGUCCGAAGGAACUGCUCUCCCUGUCCUUCCCCACCCACCCAGCUUAGCCGCGGACCUGCACAUCCCUCCCACUCCGGUCCAGAAAGGGAGGCUUUUCGAUGCCCAAGAAAAAGGCCCCAAGAUGAAGAGUCCCGAAAGCCCAAGAGUGAAGGGUUUUCUAGAGUCCCUUGGGUGCCUGCUUCCAGAGGUUGACAACUUCUGGAACACUUGCUCUGGCUUUGUUGUAAAGUCCCGAGCAAGCAUUGGCUGCUCCUGCCCCACGCUUGUACCGUGGGGCUCCUCUGUAACCUUGAAACGUGCAAUGUGACCAAUUGUUGGCUACCAAAAGAAAAUUUCUGGGGUUGUACGAACCUUGUCUUUCUGUGAGUUCCCCAAGCUACAGGUGAGACCUGAUGUAGGGUAAGAAUGUGAUAUGUGGGAACCUUGCCAUUCUUCUGUGGUCAGCCCCAGACCCCGCUCCCCGUUCUGUGGGUGGCAUGUGGGAUUGGGAGAGCAAGGUCAUCGAGUACGCAAUGGACUUUCCUGUGCCCAUACUUAUCUAAUGGAUGACCUUGGAGCAGUUACUCUGUGCACGUGACUGCAGAGGAGCAAAUCAUUUGCUCUCUUGAGGUCUGUCACACUUUAUUAUCCAUAGUUCUGAUGGGCUCAGUGGUUAAAAUAUGAUGCUGGUAGAGUCAGAUUUAUCCUUGGGACAGUGUACCUGUCACUUGGUCAUCCCUUUACCAGCCAACCCCAUCGCUAAGUGUGCAACUCAUCCCCUCCCAGAAAUAGAACAACUAACUGAGAGUUUGAGUCGCCUGAAUGUGGCCCAGCCUCCUGUUUAGCUUGCAGUGCUUAUCAUGCGCCCCAUAAGCCAAGUCCUUGCAACACGGCUGCUGCGGCUGUGGGUAAUUUGGGGAGUUUGGAGUAGAGAAGACUGCUAGAGGGACAGGAGGCACGUGGUGGAAACUCAGUUUCUUAUGGAGAGCUGGCUGAAGCUUUUUUUUUUUUGUCUCGUUUGUGCUAAGCAGUUGGUCGUCGCUUGGCUGGAACUGUAGUAGUCAGGCUCCCUUAACCCUGUUCUUCGGGUGUGGGUUGGCUGUGAGAUUGUAGGUGCUCAAACGUUUAUGCACUGAGUGUAAAGCUGUGGGAUAGGAAACCUGUGCAAGAGAUCUACCACAAGGGUGUGGACCAAAGUCGAGGUUCUAAACAAAAUCAGAGGUGCUUUGGUAUAUUAAUACCAAUUCCUGCACUUAGUCUUUUGUGUGAAAUCCUUGUAUAAAUUGGGAUAAACCCACAGCGAUUUGAACUUGGUCGCUUGGAAUCCAUUCGAUUCUCUGGCCUUAGAGACUGCAGGCAAGCUCUUAGUCAUUGUCUUUGCAGUGAUCAUACAGUUCAGGAGUGAUGGUUCAGACCUGCUGGCUCAGCAAGCCUGGGCUUGGGGGAGGGGCAAAUGUACUUUUAGAAAGAACAUUUAAUGUUAUUAUGUUUCAUAUUUGGAAAACAAGGCGAAAGGUCUGUUCUUUUUUAAAUGCAAACUACAGUAAGUGAAGAUUAGUAAAACGUACAGAAACUAGUGAUUCUCAACCAAGGAGUUGGAGCAUAGCAGUGUCCUUGGGGCAAGAUUCUGUGAAAGUUUCUAUCAAAAGGGGUUGGAGUUCUUUUGGAUUUUGUCUGUAAAAGUACUAGUGGUCUGUAAUAGCUGGGGACCUUUCUCAUGGGCUGCUUGACAUAGACCUCUCAAGUUUGUUUUCUCUCAGUGAAGAUUGCAGCCACGAACAUUCCCUGGGGCACCAGAACAUACAUGGAGAUAGAUAAAAAGUUCCAGAA